AUGCCGCGGACCCGAGGGGACAACGGGACCCCCAAGGGCACCGGCAAGGACGGGGACGGAGCCGGCCCCCCCCGGCCCCCCGAGGACGGCGGCAGCCGCAGCCCCGGGGCCCACGGGCACCGGAGCGGGCGGAAGGGAACCGGGGACCCCCAUGGGGCUGCGGCCAAAACCUAUUCACCAUUCCUGAACACCGUGUUCGGCAAGGAACGGGAGCUGUCACCGGAGGAGCUGGAUGAGCUGCUGGAUGCCUUCAAGGAGUUCGACACGGACCAGGACGGCUUCAUCAGCUACAAGGACCUGGGCGCCUGCAUGCGCACACUGGGGUACAUGCCCACUGAGAUGGAGCUCAUUGAGAUCUCCCAGCACAUCAAGAUGAGGAUGGGAGGGAGAGUGGACUUCGAGGACUUCGUGCAGAUGAUGGGCCCGAAGCUGCGGGAGGAGACGGCUCAUAUGGUGGGGCUGAGGGAGCUCCGGAUCGCAUUCCGGGAGUUCGAUGCCAAUGGGGACGGGGAGAUCAGCAGUGGGGAGAUGCGCGCGGCCAUCGCGGCACUGCUGGGGGAGCAGCUCAAGGCACAGGAGGUGGAUGAGAUCCUGCAGGACGUGGACCUCAAUGGGGACGGGCGCGUGGACUUCGAUGAGUUCGUGAUGAUGCUGUCGUCCCGGUGA